AUGAGCCACGUGCACUGCGCAAACCCGCUUUUGGCCAAGACACUUCAACCGCUCCUUGACGGCCCGAAGUUUGCCGUCGUGUACUGCGGCAAUCUGCAGUACAAGGUGUCUGUGGGCGACGUGAUCGCGGUGCAGCGGCUGCGGGCGGAGAUUGGGAGCUGCAUUGCACUUAAGAAGGUGUUGAUGGUCGGCGGCCCGCGGUUCACAGCGGUCGGGCGGCCGCUGCUCGCCGACGUCCGGGUGACGGCGGAGGUGGAGGAGCAGAAGCGGAUGCGCAACAUCGUGUCGCUCUUCGCCACCCCCGGCCGUCGACACACACGGUGGGUGGAUGCGCCGCACGCCGCCACAAUCCUGCGCAUCCGCGAGAUUCAGUACGCGCCGCAGGUGGCGGGGGAGCUGGACAAAUACAGUGGUGUGCUGCGGGACGACUUUGCGCCUGAGACGCACACGAACCCCGUGUACACCACGGAUGACGGCCUGGACGUCUUUAGGAAGCGGGAUACGGAGGCUGUGGAGAAGGCCAGUGCGUUCCUGGACCUCAUGCAGUAG